CAUUAAGAAGAACUAUGGUCCGAGCACAUCGCCAAGCUUGGGCGUGGCAGGAUGAAUGGGUUGGGUUGACAUUAGAGGACAUCAGGCGUUUAGAAAAAGAAACUCAGGAAGAGUUGGCUAAGACAAUGUCUGCCAACAAGUGUUUAGAGCAGGACGACAACCCAUGCCAAUCAAGUGGUGCCUUAACAAGAGAAGAAUCAAAUUCUGAGACUACCUCUGAUUUUGAAAAUGAAAUUGAUGCAGAAAUGGAGAGCAUUAAGAAAGUUUCCAAUUCUUCUUUUCAUUUAAGCUCUCAAGACAAGACAUUAAGAGCUUCUUGCUUAGACUUACAAAUGGGAAAUCUGAUUAUGGAAACUAUUGUGCAGAGUUCAGAUCUUAGUUCAGAUGAUGAAUAUUUUGAUGCUGAAGGUAUUUUAUUUCUGAAUCUAAAAAUAUUUUUAGUGGAUUACAUACAGAUGUAUUCACAUUUAUUUAUGGAUUCUACAACAUGUACAUCACCUGCCGUAAAUAGGGGAAGACGUCCUAGCGAAGCCAGUAUUGCCAGUAAUGUAUCAGGAGUUAAUGAUACAAUACCUUUAGCAUCAAUAUCUUCAAUAAGCCAAAGAUGGUGGGGAACAAAGCGACUGGAUUAUGCUCUGUAUUGUCCUGAUGGACUGACAAAUUUUCCACUGAAUGCUUUACCCUACUUGUUUCACGCCAGCUAUUGGGAAUCUACAGAUGUCAUUGCAUUUAUUCUGAGACAAAUUAUUAGAGUUAACAACUUGGGACAUCCUGCAGAGAGCGAAAAGGAAAUUCCUCGCUCUCAGUCGUCUACUGUUCGAGAGAAGUGGUUAAAGAAGAGGACCUCCGUAAAAUUAAAAAACAUAACAGCAAAUCAUAGAGCUAAUGACGUACUAGUCAAAGAAGGAAAUCCACAAGUUCUCAAUGCCAGAUUUAUGUAUGGACCAUUGGACAUGGUUGCCCUGACUGGAGAAAAGAUUGAUAUUCACGUGAUGAAAGAUGUAAGAACGGGAGAAUGGUCUCUCUUCAGCACAGAAGUCACUGACAAGAACGGUCGCAUCAGUUACACUAUACCUGAAGAUAAAAUGUUGACUUAUGGAAUAUUUCCGGUCAAGAUGACAGUCAGGGGAGAUCGCACAUCUUUGGAAUUCCUGUUGGCUGUGGUUCCCCAGAAGACAGAGUGUGUGGUCUUCAGCAUAGAUGGCUCAUUCACAGCCAGUGUGUCCGUCACUGGAAAGGAUCCUAAAGUGAGGGCAGGAGCAGUGGACGUUGUCAGCAAAGUCAAAUUAUUAAAUCAUCUGAUUAUGAGAUACCAAAGAAUGAUUCAUGUAUCUAAAGAAUCUGUUAGAAUAUCCAUUGUACCACACGAAACUGAAGAAGCAAGUUCUCAACAAACAAAAAAAAGAAAAACUGAUAAUGAUGCAUUUAAACAAAUAACUAUAUCUGUGCCUGAAGACAUACUGAUUCAUGCGGCGUACGGAUCCAGUAAGGACAUCUGGGUGUACUCGUCUCUGGGACUGAAACCCGAACAGGUCUUUACCAUUGGAAAAGUCUCAAAAAAACAACACUCAAUUGCCACAGUACUGACAAACGGAUACGCAGUGCACCUAAAUAACCUGAAAGCUCCAGGAGGAUCCAGACCAGCUCAGGGCAAUGCCAGGAUGAUACUGCCACACGGAGGGUUCAGCAAACCUGGACAGUCUCUGAGCUGCCUGCACCAGCGCCGUUCGGCAAAGAGGACCACUUCCUAUCCGCUUUCAGGGCAGAAUGAAUCUUGGCCCAAGUCUCCUUCCAUAAAGAACAAUUAGAUAAUUCCUCUACAAGUCAGACAAGAAAGACUUUUGUACAUUGUCAACUGCAGCAUUCUCUUUAAGCACCAAAGUAAUGUUUCUUACCAUCAAGCGGAAUGUUAACAGAUUUAUCUUUCUUGUACAUAAGAUGGAUACGAUAACCACUUGCAGGUAAAAAAAAAAUAUCUUAGAUAUUUUAUAUGGAUAAACUUAUCUAGAAUGAUGUAACUGUAUCACAAGAUCUCUUUCCCUUCGUAAAGCAUUAGUCAAGUACCAGUCACGUGUUCAAUUUUAACACCUAAUGACUCCUAUAUGUGUGAUCAAUGUCAGGAUGAAUUGUUUCUAGAAGUACACACUCAAAAUAGGUUGUGUUCUCACAAUUAAAUGCCAAGUUCUGAUUUCUUGUUUAGAGAUUGCAUUCCAAUUAUCUCCUGAUAGUUUACAUUCCAUAAUCAUAUAUUAAUUUGUGGCAAGAAAUCUAUACAAAAAACAAAAUGGCAAAUUUUUUACAAUGGAAUAAGAAACUACUAUGCAAGAACAAAAUCCCUAAAGCAAAUAGCAUGUUUUACAGCUUUAAGUGAAUCAAUGAUGAUGCGACACAUAAAAAUAAAAGGAUUUCUCAUAUAUUUUCUUAUUGAGAGAAGGAAGAUCUUUAUUACUGUAUAGUGAAAGUGAAUUUGUAUUUCUAAAACAGGAAAAAGAAAAAUUUUAUUAAUGUCAAACUUGUUCACUUUCCUCAAAAUUAUUUUCAACUCAAAAAAAAAACAAUUAAUGUAAAUAAUUAAUAAUUAAAUAUGGAAAUAACAAUUGUAGUAUGUGGGAAGUAUUCCAUCGUAUCACCCUGCCAGAUUAUCGUGGAGAGAGAAUGCAGAACUGCUGCAAGUGGAUUAGAACAUGGAUCAAGCAUAGGGUGAGUAUGAAUUUUAUUAUUUUUGAUAAUAGAUGAAUGACAAUACAUUUAAGAACACCAUUCAAAAUCAAUAAGUUUUGUAAUAAGCAACAUUAUUAUGUUUCUUGGCAACUGCUAUAAGAGAUUAACAUUUCUUUUAUACAGGGUGGGCCAACGAAAACGAAACGGCAGAGUUAUCGUGCUCGUCCAAGCAAAUCGCUCGGACAGGUUGAUUUUAUUCCCAAGGGGGACAUCUUCUGCAAUAAAGUUUUUGCGAUUCUGAAUACAACAGACAACAAAAAAUUUUAAAAACUCGUGCAUUUUUUUAUUAACUAAACAAACAUUUAUUUCAGAAAAAAAGUAACACAAACUAUUAAGAAACAUAAAAAAAACCUUUUAAGCUGGACCACAUAUGCAAGGAAAAAAUCGAUUAUAAAAUUAAGGCUGAUAAUGUGUUAUCUGUUUCCAGAUGUUCUUUUUUGUAGUGUUCACAUUAAGCUUGACCACUUAAUGAUUCUAUCGGAAUUUAAGAUUAUUUGUUUAUUAUGAAUUUUCUACAUUUAUUGUUAUGGUUUACACAAUUGCUGAAAGGGUAGAAAUAGUAACUCUUCAUUUCAGAAAUUGCAAGUAUGCUUAUCUUACUGCAAAUUUAUUUAAUCAACGCUAUCCAAACAAAUAUUGUAAUGUAAAAUACGUUCUGGAUUUGGUUCAAAAGUUUCAGUUAAUGGGUUCUGUGGCUAACAAAAGACGCGACCCCGGACGUGAACGUCCAGUAAGUAAUGAAUCGACAGAGAUGUGGUGCUCUAUUCGAACAUUUAUUUUGAAUACUUAAGAAAAAGUUAUCAUGUUUGUUACUUUAUUUGAAAUAAAUGUUUGUUUAGUUAAUAAAAAAUGAACGAGUUUUUAAAAUUUUUUGUUGUCUGUUGUAUUCAGAAUCGCAAAAACUUUAUUGCUGAAGAUGUCUCCCUUGAGAAUAAAAUUGAUCUGUCCGAACGAUUUGCUUGGACGAACACGAUUACUCUGCCGUUUCGUUUUCGUUGGCCCACCCUGUAUAGAAAAGAUUGUUGUGCACUAAGUAACAGCUUCCUUUGAAGGAGAAAAUUCAAAUAUGCAUGCAAUUACAAAAUACAAAAGAUCAUCUUUUGUUUUGUUUAAUUUGAUUUCUCAGAAAUGAGCCUACAUUGAGCACUUUAAAUAUAUAUACUUCAUAUGGUUCCUAAAAUUGCAUUAAUGUAAGGGAAUGUUCAUAAACCAUGUACCCAAAAUUUGGAAAUUGACCCCCCUUCCCCUUCUGGUAAUUCUUUGUGCCCAAACCACUUAAAAAAUACCAGAUGGGAGAAUAGCAAAAGCUUUUUUGUAACUCUGUUCAAUAGACAAUAAAAUGAAGACACAUUAACUGUUUAAUUGUUCACACUAUACAAACCCUGCUACUUACCAUUAUUCAUUCCAGCAAACUCUGCUGACCCUUUUUCAUAUAAAGUUACAGCCUUCCAUGCUCUAACAAGACAGGCCUUUACAUAACAUACUAAUUGGGAAAACAGUUUAGUGGAGCUAAAACAUAUUGAGGACAUAGCAGUAAACAAGUGUAUAGAAAAGACCCUAAUACAUAAUUUAUCCUGUGCCUAUACAACCAAUUAGCCACACCCAACAUCUCCAACACCCAAUGGACUUCCCAACAGAAGUCAGGAUUGCAACCCUAACUCCAGGCACACUACAUAUGGUGUUUAAAUGCUGGUUAUACUCUAUUAUAAAGAAAUUGCUGGCCAUACGGGUACCAAAAUUGCAUACGGAAAUUCCGCACGAUAUAUAAGUUAUGACACAACAGAAAGGAGAAGACCGAUGAACAUAGAGCCCCUGGGAUGUGCAGGGUUCCUGUAAGGGACAACAAGUUCCAAAGGAAUUUAGUUUAUAUUGGUUCCACUAUAUGCUCAGUACAAAAAAGGGUGCAAGAACAUCGAUACGGCAUUGUAAACAACUGACCCUGACAUGCGUGCCGACCUCCAAAAUGCCAGGUUAAUAAGGCAAU